AUGACUGGCACAUCUAACACAGCUGGUAUCCCUACACCUUUAGCUGAAGGACACUCUAUCAUUAGACCACCUUUGUUUAAUGGUUCUAAUUAUUCUUUCUGGAAAGUUAGGAUGAGAAAAUUUAUUCAAUCUAUUGAUAGGCAAAGAAUUGUUAAAGGUCCUGAAAUUCCAUUAGAAUUGCAUGCUGAUGCUUUAAACAUUCUUCAUUGUGCACUUGAUGUAACUGAGUAUAAUCGUAUUUCAAGUUGUACUUCUGUAAAAGAAGUGUGGGAUAAACUUAAAGUCACAUAUGAAGGGACUAAUCAAGUGAAGGAAUCAAAAGCUAAUAGGCUUGUUCGGGAAUAUGAACUAUUUGAGAUGAAACCUGGAGAAACCAUUUCCGAAAUGAGCAUAAGAUUUACUGAUCUGGUGAAUGUUCUCAAAGCUCUUGAAAAAGAAUUCACUGAAGAAGAGUUAGUCAAUAAAGUCUUAAGGUCACUACCUAAAUCAUGGGAAACAAAAGUGACAGUGAUCUUUGACACCAAAGACUUCUCCAAAUUCACUUAUGAUGAGCUGAUUGGUUCUCUCAUUACUCAUGAAAUGCUUUAUGACAAGAGUAAAAGCAAUGUAGAUGAUGAAAAUAAAAGGAGAGGAAUUCCCUUGAAGUCAAACCAAGAGGAUGAAUUAAGGAAAACUAUAGCUUUUAAGGUUGCCUCAAGUGACAGCUCUAAUAGUUCAAGUGAUGAAUAUGAUCUUGCCAUGAUUACAAAAAGAUUCAAGAAAGCAUUCAAAAAGGGAGGUGAAACAAGCAAGGAUCAAAGUGAGAUUAAAUGCUUUGAAUGCAAUAAACCUGGCCAUAUCAAGCCAAAUUAUCCUAAACUGAAAAAGAAGAAUUCAAAAGACAAGAGCAAGAAAGCUUUGGUUGCUGGCUGGAUGGACAGUGAUGAUUCCUCAAGUGAUAACUCUAGUGACAAGGAGGUUGCACGCAUUUGUCUCAUGGCUCUAGAAGAGGAUAAACCAGAAAGCUCUCAACAAAGAGAAAUCAACACUGAGGUAAAUAAUUAUGACUCUCUUAGUAUUGAAGAUUAUGAAGAUGCAUUUUCCAAAUUUGCUUGCUCAAGACACAUGACUGGAGAUAAAGAAAAAUUCUCAAACCUUACCUUGAAAAGUGGUGGACAUGUGAGAUUUAGUGACAAAGGCCAAGCUUAUAUCAUUAGAAGUGGCUCUAUUGGGAAGAAUCCAAGCAUAAAGGAUGUUGCACUAGUUGAAGGUUUGAAAUUCAAUCUUCUUAGUAUUAGAAGUUUGCUUGAUGAUCGCAGAUUAUUCAUUGCACCUAAAAGUGAAAAUGUAUAUUUGCUUGAUUUGAAUGUUAUUGAAAAUGAAAAUGAAAGAUAUCUUGUAUCUCUUGAAGAAGAUAGUUUGUUGUGGCAUAGAAGACUUGGUCAUGGAUAUUCAAUGCAUAGCAAAGCUUUUAGAGUCUUUAAUAGAAGAACUUUGUUAGUUGAGGAAACCAUUCAUGUUGUAUUUGAUGAAACUAACAAAUUCUUGGAAAGAAAGAUUAUUUGUGAUGAUGAUGAACUAGGUAAAAUUUUUGGAAGAAAAAGGGAUGAGACUCAAAAGCAACAAAGUCAACCUGUUGAUAAGCCCCAAAGUGCAAUUGGAAAUGAUGUUGUCCAUGAUAAUGCUAAUGAGAAAGAUCAAGAAGGCGAUCAAGAAGUAUUGCCAAAUAUUGAAUUGAUGAACCACAUCAUGGUAACCUACCUUAAGAAUGGAGAUAUCACGGAGAUCAUCCAAAGGAGCACAUAA